AUGAAGGUAUUGAUAGCUCUGUGUGUUUUGGCGUUCAUUACGUUAUCGUUUGCAAAGCCUCAGGUGCAUCCCCAUCCCCGAGGGUGCCGCUCGAUCCUUGAUAGAUGCCAUAGCUAUUGCGAGGAAGGCACGCACUCUUAUACAAUCGGUUGCGACUACAGAGUUCUUGAAGCUACUUGCGAUGAGCCGAACCCACAGCCGGAGAAAUUCAUGAUGUGUGAUUAUUCAGCUUGUUACUGCGACGCGCCAACUGUCAGGGACAGUGCCAGUGGAAAGUGUGUGGCUCUCGAUAAAUGUCCACAGAAGUAA